UUUUAUAUAGAAUAAGAACAAAAACUAUUUAGUGUGUUAUAACCUUUACCAAAAUGGCGAACAUCGAAAGAUGUACACUGUGUCAGGUCAACCUGAAUGGGCCCAUCAGUAAAUGGCGACACAUGAAGUGCCGGCGUCAUAUAAAGCACAGAAGUGGUAAAAGUCAAGAUGGAAAUAGUUCGAAAUCGAGCCAUGAUAAAAGAAGACGACAUUCUCCUAGUCCAAGUGGAAAUCUGCAAAACUUAGAAAAGUAUAAAAGUGAUGGAAGAAGUGAAAGAAAUAUGCACAGUGCUGUUCUUAUAGAAGACAGAGAAAGCGACUUUGAAAGAGAAACAGAAAGGUUGGAAAUACCAGAUUACGAUGUUGAAGGUGGUGAAAUUUAUGACAAUGAUCCAUAUGAAACAACUGACUCGGAAAAUCAGUAUGUAGAGGAGGAAAAAAGAGCCUGGAAGGAAUAUGAGCGAUAUGGUAAAGAUGGAGAUGAGAGAUAUGACAGACCAAUUUUAAGGGUAGAUCGAGGUAACAGGCCAAUUUUAAGGGAGGAUCGUAAUGACAGGCCAGUUUUAAGGGAAGAUCGUGAUGACAGGCCAAUUUUGAGGGAAGAUCGGGAUAACAGGCCAAUUCUAAGGGAAGAUCGUGGUAACAGGCCAGUUUUGAGGGAAAAUCGUGGUAAUAGGCCAGUUCUAAGGGAAGAUCGGGAUAACAGACCAGUUUUGAGGGAAGAUCGUGAUAACAGGCCAAUUCUAAGGAAAGAUAACAGGCCAAUUCUAAGAGAAGAUCGUGAUAUCAGGCCAGUUCUAAGGGAAGAUCGGGAUAACAGACCAGUUUUGAGGGAAGAUCGUGAUAACAGGCCAAUUCUAAGGGAAGAUCGUGAUAACAGGCCAAUUCUAAGAGAAGAUCGUGAUAUCAGGCCAGUUCUAAGGGGAGAUCGGGAUAACAGACCAGUUUUGAGGGAAGAUCGUGAUAACAGGCCAAUUCUAAGGGAAGAUCGUGAUAACAGGCCAAUUCUAAGAGAAGAUCGUGAUAUCAGGCCCGUUUUAAGGGAAGAUCGUGAUAACAGGCCAAUUUUAAAGGAAGAUCGUGAUUAUCGGCCAAUUUUAAGGGAAGACCGUGAUAACCGGCCAAUUUUAAGGGAAGACAGGGAGUAUUCUAGUUGAAUUGGUGCUGUUUUGUUGGAAAAUGGUGAAGAAUUUGAUGAAAGAUAUGACAAACUAAGCAAUAGUGGACAGAUUUCGAAGACUUUGUUAUUUCAUUGAGAUACUGAAUUAUUGUUUAUAUCGAAUUUCAACAGUGUUACUAAACUUUUGGGAGUUUUCUUUUUGAAUAAUUUUGAAAAAAUAUUUGAAAAACA